ACUCCUCCUCAGCUCAACACACACAUCCAUUGUACACAAACGGGCAGGCGGCUCACACAUACACAUGCACACACACACAUACACACACAUACACACACACACAUACAGACACAUACACACUCACUCACACACAUAGCAUCGAUCGUGGCUCCUUUAAGAAAGCCUAAGCCAGAAUUAUCACCCCACCUCCUCUUGAUCUCCUCUAGACGCUUUUGCAUAAAAAAAUCAAACCGGGAGCCGAGAGUGAUCAAAGAAAACGAGAGGAGAGCUGCUUCAUUUUUUAACUGUGAUUGUGACCAUUAACAUUUAGGUGGUGCCGAUCCCGUGGAGACGCGCGUCGGACCAUCAUUCAUCCGGUACUUUUGACAAGCCCUCGCGUUUUGACUGACAGGCGGAGUGGCGAAAAGCCAUGAGAGUCGCUAGUUUUGUUUGAGGGGGUAUUUUAUUUUCAUCCUGGUUUUGGAAAAGGAGCCUGGUGCCGCUGUCCCGAGGAUAGCCGAGGACCUAUUCGCCGCGCCUGGGCUAAACUUGCGCAGAAAGCGGGGGCUGGCUUCACCGUUCCGUGGAAAAAAGGCAUACGGGAUUUUGGUUGAAACAUCUCCUCAUUUAUUUGGAUUUUCUUUCUACAUUUCUUCUCCACCCUGGCCUCAGAGGGGAUAUAUCUAAACUGAAAGGAAGACCAGGGAGUGAGGAGGGUUAUGGCGCAACGGUACGAAGACUUGCCCCACUACGGGAUGGACGGGGUGGGCAUCCCGACCACCAUGUACGGAGACCCGCACGGCGCCCGGUCCAUGCAGGCGGUGCACCUCAACCACGGACCCCAGCUGCACUCCCACCAGUACCCGCACACCGCCCACACCAACACCAUGCCUCCCAGUAUGGGCUCCUCCGUUAACGACGCUCUCAAGAGAGAUAAAGACGCCAUAUACGGGCACCCCCUGUUCCCCUUGCUUGCACUGAUUUUUGAGAAAUGUGAAUUAGCGACUUGCACCCCCAGAGAGCCCGGGGUGGCAGGAGGAGACGUCUGCUCAUCGGAAUCUUUCAAUGAAGACAUAGCAGUGUUUGCAAAACAGAUUCGGGCAGAAAAGCCAUUAUUUUCAUCGAAUCCAGAAUUGGAUAAUCUGAUGAUUCAAGCCAUUCAAGUUUUACGAUUUCAUCUUCUGGAGCUGGAGAAGGUCCACGAGCUGUGUGAUAAUUUCUGUCACCGGUACAUCAGCUGCUUGAAAGGCAAGAUGCCCAUCGACUUGGUCAUAGACGACAGAGAGGGCGGAUCAAAAUCAGACAGCGAGGAAAUCACAAGAUCAUCGGGGCCUCUUGAUCAGACGUCCUGGAACAGAGAUCAUGACGACACGGCGUCCACGCGCUCCGGAGGCACACCGGGACCGUCCAGCGGCGGACACACAUCACACAGUGGCGACAACAGCAGCGAACAGGGUGAUGGCCUGGACAACAGCGUGGCUUCGCCCAGCACAGGGGACGACGAUGACCCGGAUAAAGAGAAGAAACGCAACAAGAAGAGAGGAAUCUUCCCCAAGGUGGCCACCAACAUCAUGAGAGCUUGGCUGUUCCAGCACCUAACACAUCCCUACCCGUCAGAAGAACAGAAGAAACAGUUGGCGCAAGACACAGGCCUCACCAUCCUACAAGUGAACAACUGGUUCAUUAACGCAAGGAGGAGAAUAGUCCAGCCCAUGAUCGACCAGUCGAACCGUGCAGUAAGUCAAGGAGCUCCCUACAAUCCAGAUGGCCAGCCGAUGGGGGGCUUCGUCAUGGACGGCCAGCAGCACAUGGGAAUCAGACCACCUGGCCCUAUGGGUGGAAUGGGCAUGAACAUGGGCAUGGAAGGACAGUGGCACUACAUGUAGCCCCUCCCCAUUCUGACCAAUUGCAACGCAAAGGGGGAUAACUGCAGGGCAUACCAGGGGAUUACCUGUCUCACAGAGGCCUACUGAGCAUGGGGACAGGACCUCCCUGACUUCCUGACGACAACGACCAACAGCGACCCCUCUGUCCACUUCCAAGACCCAGGAACAUUUGAUCCAGCUGAUAUCUGCACCGUGGAAACCUCUCCACGAGUGCCUACGACCCCUGUCUACUUUUCCAGCAAUGUUGAUGCACAGAAGAUCAAGUCUCCAACCCAGAUGCCCCCCUCGAUGCCCCUCUCGACGGACCGCUGCUUCUUCUCCAGUGGGCCGACACUAGACUCCAACCCCCUGACAUCCGCUAGGUUCAAAUGGAUUCCUCCGUCAAAAAGUGACUGCGACUGAGAGCAUCGACGAAACGCCAGAGACACAUUGGGUUGUUUGCCAGAACCUCGGCAAACAAGGCACCUGGUAAUAUAUACUAGACUCCUUGACAAAAUAAAAGAGACUUUCUGUGAAGAGCACUCCACUCUUUGGAACGAUGGAAUUGGACCAAGGAGAAGCCAAUGUCUGUAUUUGACAGGACACUAACAAAGCAAAAGAGGUGCCCUUUAAAAAAAUAUAUAGGAUUGAAGCGUGGAAGAGGAGACAGCAAGAGAAAGAGAGAGAAAAGAGAAAGAUUGAAAGAUUAAAAGUAUAACUAUAUCAACUCCUAGUGUGGGAAGCAAGUGGAGGAGGAAAACAUACUGUAUACUGUUGUAAAAUUACGCUGGACUCUCACGAGAACUGGGAAUUUAAGUAUUGUAAAUGCUAUUGUAUUGUUCUGCAUAUUAUGUUGUUUCUAAUAGAUUUUUUAAAAAAGGAUGUGAACUUUUUUCUCUUUUUUUCUGGUUUCUUUCCACACUAUGUGUGUGCCGUCUCUCCAUAAACUUUGACUUCCUACCCCGCCUCCCCUUCCUCCAUUGAAUCACCUUGCGUUUUCAAAAGGAAAAAAAAAAUAUGUGAAUAAACCAACAAUUCGAUCAAUC